UACAAGAAGGGUCCACGCUUUCAAAAAGCGCCAGCUGGGUCUCACUUUUACCUCGGAUUCAGAAAGAGGAUUCGGUGUUAUCGCGUCGGCCCAGAAAGCAGCUGUAGGAGCAUGUCCUCGGCCGAGGUGGUUCUGGGCUUCCUGGAGGAGGCGGAGGCCUGGCGGCUCCGCUCCCCGCAGUUCCCCAGUAAGGUCGGAGGGAAGCCGGCGUGGCUCAGCCAGAAAGGCCUGCCGUCUGUGUCCGGGCUGGAGUGUGAGACAUGCCGGCAGCCCAUGGUGUUCCUGCUCCAGUUGUACGCACCAAUAUCCGGUCAGGAGACGUGUUUCCACAGGACUCUGUUUCUCUUCUGCUGCAGAACUCCUGAGUGCUACACACGCAACAACAGCAGCUGCAUGAGAGUUUUCAGAAGUCAGCUCCCCAGAAGGAACGAAUUCUACGACUACAACCCUCCUCCAGAGGAUGAACCUCCCAGUGGGCCGGAGGAAGAUCCAGCUGUGCUGCCUGUUUCUGGGGUUAAACUGUGUUGGGUGUGUGGUUGUCCUGGUAACAAAGCCUGCUCCCGCUGUCACUCUGUAACAUACUGCGGAAAACAGCACCAAACACUUCACUGGAAACACUCCCACAAGGUGGAGUGCUGCAGUCAAGUAGUAAGACUCGACGGAGGACGUCCGCUCCUCUUCCCGGAGAGAGAGCUCGUCACCGAGCCUGAGGAGCCUCAAGAAGAGGACGACCCAAAUGAGGCUGAAGGAGGAGAAGAGAGCAGUUCACAGAAGAGUGAAGACGGUCCCUGUAUAGCUGACACUUUAGCAGAGGCAGACCUGGAGGAGAUGGCUAUGCAUGAAACUGAGGACAACGAAAUGUUCCAGCGUUUCAAAAAGAAGAUCGCACCAGAACCACAUCAGGUGGUGCGAUACAGCCGAGGAGGCUCCCCUUUGUGGGUCUCUUCUCAACACAUCCCCUCAGAUGAGGAUAUCCCAGCAUGCACCUGUGGCGCCAAGAGGAGUUUUGAAUUUCAGGUGAUGCCUCAGCUGUUGAACAGUCUGCGUGUGGACUCAACAGGAGCCAGUAUCGAUUGGGGGACUCUGGCUAUCUAUACAUGCUCGGCCAGCUGUAACCAUGACGACCAGUGCUGCUCAGAGUUCAUCUGGAAACAGGACUUCAGCUCUGAUCAACACACACAGAUUGAACACACAUAACACACCAUUGCCAGGAGAAUGAAAACAUACUGGCAACAGAAAUAAACAGGUGAAUGUGUGUGUUCUCUCGUGCCUGCUGUCUGUCAUGGCCGACUGAAAUACUCUGGACUUUCUAUUCCACCUAAAUACAAAUAGACAUCCAUGGUGAAUAAUGCAGGAACUUAUCAGCUGAACAAUUUAAAAUGUAUUCUGCCUUACUGUCAUAAUAAAUUUAUUUACCAAAAAAAGUCUGAGCAUUUGAUCUUUAAUAU